AUAUGUCGCAGCGUGCGUAUUCUACUUCCGGAUCGCGAAUUCCUCAAUGGACUGGAAACGUACUAUUUUCUCGCGAUGCCGGGUGUUUUCUUUGUUUAUCUUGUGCGCGUCUGGUUUUCCCUACUACCCUUCGCUGGCGCGCAUGCCUUCCGCCGGCCCUCUGGAUGCUUCGGCCCGGAAUACCUCCUGCCGAUCGGUGGACACCAAUAGCCGGUACCGGAUGCCACCGUCGUUGACCAGACGCUUCACCCUCCUUGCGGUUGGCUUUAUCCGCGCGAGAGAGCGCGUGACGACGGCCGGCCACUCCUCGCGUUUGACGGACCGCCACCGUGAGUUGUCCGCCGACCUCGUCUGGGGCCACGAUGCCUGGCGCUGGAGCUCGGGCCGGCGCGCCUCCGCCCGCUCCCCUGGGCACGACGCCUGUCGGCCCAGCUUCGGACGCUCGCCCUGGCCGGGUUCCAGCCAUCGCCAAGGACCUCUCUCCCAUGGCUCCGUUCAAGUGCUCGAGCAGCAGUUGCAGUUCCUAGAACAAUAA